UUCUGUCAUGUUAAUUGACCAUUUUUCUGACGUAAAUUUUUAUAUUAAAAAAUACUAUUUCAAUUUUUUCUAAACAUCAUAAUAUAAAGAAUAAAAAAGGAGGAUGUAUGAAAUUUAAAAGUAUGGAGACACUAGAAACUUAUCACUGGAGUAUGAGUACUGAGCACUUUAAAUAAAUUAUAAACUUGAAUCGAUUUAAACUGCAUGAAUUUUAAUGCCUCAUCAAAAAUGACACCAGUACUUCUUCUUUAUUUUUUUCAUCAUACUGAGGAUUUGUGGAAAAUGUAUACAUAAUUUAUAUAUCUCAAAGAGGGAGCACUUUAAAACUAUAUUCUAAAGUUCAUAAAAAAUUUAUAGUUCUAGUUAUUGAUUAACGUAUCUUCUUUUGAUAUUUAUGUAAAUUAUUAUUUUUUUAUUUACAAUCGCGAAAUAUAAACUAAAUUUCAUAAGCAGAUGUGAAAAAAAAUUUUAACAAAACAGUAUCAUGGCUCGAAAUCAGGGAGAAGCUAUAUUGUCAAAUAGAAGUGAAAAUUGUCAUAAACAUAGAGCUGUUAAAUACACAUACUUCUUUUUAAAUUUAUUAGGAAUCGGACCGUUAACAACUGAAUCAUUAAAAAUCACAAAAAUAGUGUCUUUUAUAUGGUCAGCUACUAUUGUAACUAUUGGUGUAUGGGAAAUUUCCUUUAGAUUUAUCUAUGUGUACUUUGACGUAACCGAUGUAGAUGACCAAAUGGAUUUACUCGCUCCAGUAGUGUUUGUUACUGUAACAACACUAAAAUAUUUGUCCAUAGCAUAUCGUCAUGACACCAUAAAAAAGUUCACUAAACAUAUAUUUGAUGAUUGGAAUAUGAUUGGAAGUCAGGAAGAAGAAGAUAUUAUGGAAAAAAACUUGAAUAUGAGUAACAACAUAACUUUCGUAUUUGCAGUAAUGAUGUAUAUAAGUUGUGUGUUAUAUAAUUGCUUUAUGCCUCAUGUGAUACCUAUUCUAUUUAACAGUGAUGAUCGAAAUGCUUCUGAACGAAUAGUUAUUUUUCCUGGUUACAAUAGUGUAUUUGACGUCGAUUCAUUUCCGAUCUAUCAAAUUACUUAUGUUUUCCAUCAAUUAACUGCGUUAUCUACCUAUACAAUUCUUAUCACCUCUUGUAACUUAAUAAUAGUUUUGGUUACUCAUGCUUGCAGCCAGCUUCAAAUAAUUACAAAUCAAAUCGAUUCAUUGCUAAAUAAUUUUUCCAAAGAAGAAAAGUUCUCUUACGCAAAAUUGUCAUUUACAAUCAGUCGUCAUGUCAGGGUGCUUGAAUUUUCGAAUAAACUUUUGAAAAAAAUGAUAUUUGAAUUAUGUCUAAUCGAAGUUGGUGCUUCUUCUAUUCUUCUUUGUAUAGAUGAAUUUUGCGUUUUAAGGAUGCUAGAAAAAAAAGAAUUCGCAAAUAUGACAUCUUAUAUCAUGAUAUUUUUUUCUUUAAGUUUAAACGUACUUAUAGUAUGCUAUUUUAGCGAACUUCUCGAGGCUCAGUUUAUGAAUGUAGGAGAAAAACUUAAUUCGGUUGAGUGGUAUAAAACUCCAGUAAAUACAAGACAGUAUUUUAAUUUGAUUAUAAUUAUGUCCCAACAACCUCAAAAAAUUAGCGCAGGUGGAAUCGUUGAUCUGUCUUUUGUGACUUAUCUUCAAAUAUUGAAAACUGGAUUUGCUUACCUACAACUUUUAAGAGCAGCAAAUCUCUAAAAUGCUUCUCAAAAAUGACAUGAAUGAUUUAAAAUGCAGUUUUAUUGUGAAAA